AUGGCCCUGAACUGUGUGUCCCUGUCUGCCGGCGAUCGAAGAGGCCUGGUGGCCUACCGCUCCUCUUCCCACUGCGACCUCAGCUUGUCGGCCUUAGCGUUGGCGAUGGUCUCUGGAGACAGCUUCCUCGUUACCAGUCCCGAGGAGAUUCUUCCAGAACCUAUUCUUCGGUCCACUGUGCGGCUGAACUUCCGGACCGAGAGCCGUCGGGCGCCUGGUGGCGGCGGGAGCCGGACCCGCUUUAUAGAGGGAAGGGAGCAGGAGGCGCGGAGCCGAAGCAGCCAAGCCCGAUUCUCACCUUACCCGGGCCCUGCGGUUAAACUCGACCUCCUAAGAAGUGUCCUGCAACAGCGUCUGGUGGCACUUGGAGGUGUUAGCGCAGCCCGUCUUUCAGCUUAA